UUUGGAGGUCCAUAAUGUCGGUGGAAGGGCGCCGGUUUUGGUGUGUUGAUUGCGACGAAGUGGCGACGGAAAGCUGCCUGGACGAACACUGUGUGCGCAACUUCAAGGCAUUGCGAACCAAGGAGGUGCAGCCCCUGCUGGACACGCUGAAACAGGAAGAAACCAUCAUCGCGAGGAUGCGCGACAUCCUCUCUGGUCUUGACCUACACCAGGAGAAGGCCUUCUACGAGCAUGGCCUGCAGAUAGGGCAGACUGACCGUGCCAGCCGAGCAGAGGCACUCCGCUCUGCGCUGGACAUGGACGCCGGCGCCUUCGACGCAGCGAAGCAGAGUGCCUGGCUCAGCCUGGAUGAUGAUUUUCGACAAGGAGCAUCGCUUCUGUUGACUUAUCUGGAGGAUCCUACCACUUUGCUGAGUGUGAAUUUGCAUCGCAGCGCCGGGAGUGCUGAACCUGCUAUGAUUUCCUUCAACCAGAUUUUUUCCCUAUCAGACUACAAAACAGCCCAAGUUCUUCUAUGCCAGUUGGUGUCCGAUGGACUUACUUUGCAAUGCAGGGCGAACGAUCAGCAUGACACUAGGAAAAAUGAUGAUCCAACACAGGAUGAAGUUCAGCCGGAGACAUGUACAGGAGACCAAAUGGAGGACGAAACUGUUCAAGAAGAGGCAGAAGAGCAGACGGUAGACGGUAAUGAGGAACGGAUGGAGGAAGAGGAACCGGGGAUACACUUUCAGGCGACGUGGCUGGAACAACGCAACGAAGGCCUGUGGACGGGUGAAGACACCAUCACCAGAUUGAAGGUUGGAUCUCGCGUGGCGCCUGGCCUUGACUUGGGUAAAGCUCAUCACCAAUACGACCGGGGAGGACACGGUACAAUCACUUCUUUGUACUCUGGACUGGAGAGAAUCAAGGUGAAGUGGGACCUCGAUACUCAUUCCUCGUCCUAUGCAACGAGGGAGUAUUGCAUGUCGUUGAAGUACGGAGACUCAUGGUCGCACCGUAAACGUUUUGAUCUGCAGCUGCUACCAGUCCCACUUAAGGUUCCGCUGGCCUCGGUGCCGAGUCCAUUGCCGAAGGAGAAACACAUGAAUCUGGAGACCAUGAGCGCUGAUGCGAAGGCAGUUGGCAGGACCAAAUUGGCUCUUGAGAACGACAAGAUUGUGCUGGGCCUGCACUGUGACUUGGCCCCCGACUGGAGCCGGGUGGUGCUGGAACGGACGUCGUCGACUCUGGAAGAGCUUGAGCUGGUGUCUGCGCAGCGAGAGCACAUGCGCGUCGUGAGCGAGAUGCCGCGCCUGCGGUCGCUGCACUUGCGCGGGGCCGGCCUGCAGGACGCCUCGCUGCCCUUGGGGCUGCAAGAGCUGCGCAUCGCCCACGUGACGCUGGAGCAGCUGGUGCAGGUGGCGAGGAUGCCCGCGCUGCUGCGCCUCGAGGUGCACUGCCCGUUCGACGCCCCUCUGCCAGUGCUGUCGUUCCGACCGGCCGCGCCGGGGACAGGCCUGCGCUGGCUGCGCACGGGCGUCUACCCGCUCAGCACCGCGCUGUCGCUCAUGGCCGCGCACGCCUCCACACUGCAGGAGUUGGAGCUGGUGGCGUCGACGUCGGCGCCGUACGGCUGCAGCGACCUGGCCGCCCAGCUGCAGCGCUGCGGGCUCGUCUCGCUGCGUCGACUGGUGCUCCUGCGUGCCUCCGCGUCCGGCACCGGGCUGUGCACCCACGAGGCGGCGGCCUGCGAGCAGCAGAGGGUGCAGCUCUGGAAGAUGUUCGUGGAGAGCGGCGCCAUCGUGACCGUGCUGUGCAGCGAGUGCGUCUAAGGGACUUUGCAGCGAGUGCGUCUAAGGGACUUUGCAGGGAGUGCGUCUAAGGGACUUUGCAGGGAGUGCGUCUAAGGGACUUUGCAGCGAGUGCGUCUAAGGGACUUUGCAGCGAGUGCGUCUAAGGGACUUUGCAGCGAGUGCGUCUAAGGUACUUUGCAGCGAGUGCGUCUAAGGGAUUUUGCCGCGAGUGCGUCUAAGGGACUUUGCAGCGAGUGCGUCUGAGGUACUUUGCAGCGAGUGCGCUUCAGGGACUUUGCAGCGGGUGCGUCUGAGGGACUUUGUAGCCAGUGAGUAAGAGUCUCUCCGCUCACUCACGGAACUUUAACACUCUCUGUGGUCAACAGAGGUCUUGAAAGUUUAUGUUUAAUCUAACCGCCUGUCUUGUGUAACUGAAACGCGAGUUGUAUCAUGUGCUGCCAUCCUGUAACUGUUUAUUCUUCGCAAGAAGAAAUAGGUAGUUUUCGUGGCAAGUACAGUUCUGUCAAGUUUAGGUUUAAAAGUUCGUGACUUAUAUGUUUAAUUUGAAAACAAGGUCUAUUAUGUUUUGUUACCUUCAUUCCGCACAAGAAGGAGUAUAGAGUUUUGGGGUCAAUGGUGUUCUUUAGAAUUUAAGUAAAAAAAAAAUGGUGGCUCUGAUUUCUUUCAUUUCAACGCAAGCUGCAUCCAAUAUUCUGAGGCAAAUUCAGUUUUUUUCCCAUAGACACUGUUUCUGUAGAGCGGCCUCUUUUGUUUCAUGAUUAAGGUAAAAUGCAUCAUGUAUCUUUAUCGUGGGAAUGUGUUGAUUGUACACAAGAAUCAAUGUAUCAUUAACUGUCGCCGACACUCCGUGUUUUGUAGUUACGCCCAGGAAAUAAAAAGAUUGAUUAGUCUGUCUCCAAGCUCCUUG